UCCCCGCCGCAACUCUUCCCUUCGUCGCAUCCCCGAGGAAUAGGCGCCCCUCCGGGUGUCCCCCGCCCUGCCUUCCCUUCCAGCCGGGCAAGCUCCGUGGUGUAUCCGCCGCCUCCGUCCCGCGUUGGAGCCGGGCGUUUCCUGGCCAAGGGAAGGGAAGGGAAGGGAAGGGCUGGGCGGGCUGGGCGCAGAGCUUGGCCGGCCCUCCUCGCUUUGCCUUUCCCCGCUGCUGCGCCGGGAGAGCUCCUGGCUGACGCGCCCAGAAGGUGCCCCGAAUCCUGCCUUGCAGGCAGCCGAGAGCUGGUCCCAGCCAAGGAAGAGGCUCCUUCGAGGCAGCCAUCAUGGAGCUUGAGCGAUUCAACCUGGAAGAUGCACAAGAGGAGCCUAAUGAGGAGGAGGAGAAGAGCAGAUGCCCCUGGAUCAAGUGCAGCAGCAUCCACAAUACCGUUUCCAAAUGGAUGCUUCCUGGAGAGGCCAGAGCAACUUACCUGGAAAGGGCCAGCUGCAUCCCGCCACCCAUUUUCAUCCUGGCUAUCAGCUUAGCUGAGCUGUCGGUGUUCAUUUAUUAUGCUGUUUGGAAGCCCCAGACUCAAUGGAUCACGCUAGAAGUGGGAAUUUGGGAAAGUCCGCUUAUUUAUAGACCUGAGAAGCGAAAGGAAGCCUGGAGAUUUUUGUCUUACAUGUUUCUGCAUGCUGGCGUUGAACAUAUUAUAGGGAACCUUGUUCUCCAGCUCUGCCUGGGUAUUCCCCUGGAAUUAGUUCAUAAAGGACACAGAGUGGCAGCUGUGUAUCUUGCAGGAGUGAUUGGAGGUUCUUUGGCAAGUUCCAUCUGUGAUCCUCUGCUGGGUCUCGUGGGAGCAUCAGGAGGUGUCUAUGCUCUGAUUGGAGGAUACUUCAUGAAUAUUCUAGUGAACUUCCGAGAAAUGAUUCCUCUCUUUGGAAUUGCAAGACUGCUAUUCAUUGGCUUAAUAGUUGGAACAGAUGUAGGAUUUGCUUUGUACAGAAGAUUUCUCUCUCCUUCAACUGGGAUUCAGGUUUCCUUUGUGGCCCACAUUGCAGGCGGCCUUGCUGGAAUGUCAGUAGGUUAUGUCAUAUUCAGCAAUUUUGAUAAAAAUUUCAUUAAAGAUCCUAGAUUCUGGAUUUGUAUAAGUGCGUUUUUAAUCUUUGUGGUACUUGCUGUAUUGUUCAAUGUGUUUUUCUCACCCGCAAACCAGUAGAACGCAACGUUCAAUAACGUUGUAUAAUUCUGAAGGAUAAUUUUAAAAAUCUUUUUAAAAUCUUUGUUUUGUUUUCAUGUUAUCAUCUUAUACUUUGUAUGACAAUACAUUAUAAUAUGAAGCUUUUUAAUUGCUAAAUUGUCCAGAUUUUCAGAGUUGUUAUGAUUUUUAUGGAGUCUUUUGCUAGAUUUUGUCAGUAAUGGAUUUGAGUUUUUAGCUCCUGCUUCUAGUGUCAGGAUCUAGCUGCCAGGUCUUCUGUCACCUUCCUUUUUGACUUGACUUUUCUAAGCAUUAAGGGGCUGCUCCAGUGACUUUUGCCUUUGAACUACAUAUGGCAACUUAUUUGUAGUGCUGUGCCAUAGUUUAAUUUGCACAAAAAAAUUGCUGAUAACUGACAAGCCAAUCGUGUGCAGAUGGCCUGCCUUGAAAAAGGUGAAAGCUUGCUGGGGUCCAGAUGCUUUAGAAGAGACCUGAAAUCAUCACCUCGCAUUUCCUCCAGCAUCAUUUCGUAAAUGGUAAUACUCAUAAAUGGUAAUAGACUGAUUUGAGUGGACAAAUAGAUUCAUUUUGAAAGGAGGCCAACACAUUUUUCAUCAAGGGAUGUUUCAGGCUGGGACAUGGAUCUGAAACAGCACCGACUGCACUUGUGGGUGAAAGAUGGGGGUAGUAUGUCUAUCCUUACCCUCUGGAGCCUUUGAUACGUACUUACUGUCAAUGAUAUUCUUCUGAACAUGUAUGAGUUGGGUGCACAGUGUGCUGCCGAUUCUCCUUUCUCUGGAAUUGGUUGCAAUCGGUGUUGAUGAGAGGAUAGAAUGUGGAAAAAGACAACUUCAUGUUUAAUACCAAUUGUUCCCUUUCCUGGGUGAAGAGGUGCUGUACAUGGCCACUCAGGCUUUGAUCACCCCUCAAAUGGAUUACUGCAAUGCACUUUACAUGGAGUUGCCCUUGAAGAACCUCCAUAAGGUUCACUUGGUCCAGAAUGCAAAAGCAGAGGCAAUUAUAGGUGUGUUUCAUUAUGUCCAUAUUAUACCUUUCCUUUGCAAUCUGCACUGGUUCACAAUUUGCUUCCAGGUGCAACUAUAGGUGCUUGUGAUUGCCUAUAAAGUCUUACAUGACACAGGGCCAGGUAUUUGAAGGCUGGCCUUAUCCCUGCAUUUUUUAUCCAUAGCAUUAGGUCAGGCAGAAGGGGCUCACUCGAGGUCAGGGGUGUCAAACUGGCGGCCCGUGGGCCGGAUGCAUCAUGUGCAGGCCACGCCCACCCCAGCUCCGUGAAUGGGGAAAACAUAAGGAAACAUCACAUGAUGGCAACAUGACGUAGCGAUUUUGACACCUGUGCUCUAGGCCCUAUCAAUCAUGGAUUGUUAUAUGCAAUCUCCCAGAAAGCAAACCGUUUCCCUACCUGUGUCUGCCUCCUAAAACCCCAUGGUCCAAAGUUUGGCUGGUCCUGACUAGGUUACUUCCCAGAAGGUCCAGAACACCUGUUUUCCUAGGCAUGGGGGCAAAGGUUGGUGAACAGUGUUUUCUGGAACCACUUUGUUAGUUGGCUGAUUUUAUAUAUAUUUUAUGUAUGUGUAUGUAUAUAAACACGCACACACACACACACAUAUAUAUGUAAUUUAUGUUGCAUUUCUAAAUCUUUGUUAGCUGCCCGGAAUCAAGAUGGGUGGCCAAAUAAAUCAAUUUAAAUAAAUAAAAUUAAAACUUUAAAUAAGAAA